AGUUCUCGUAACUUUCGUUGAGUAAAAACAUACAAAGAAAACAGACGGCAUUUAAAAUAUUUGAAAAAUAAAAAACUAAAAAUGUUUCGCGGAUAAAACAUUGGAAUUCCAAGAAAAAAAAAACAAAUAAACAAAAAAAAAAUUAAAAAACAAUUCUGUGUGUUUUGAAUAGAUCAAAAGAAAUUCUUUGUUUUUUGUUUUUUUUUUUUUUGUAGUAUUUUGCACAAAUUAUUCCUACAAUUUUAUUGAAGUCACUUAAAAAAAAAUAAAAAAAUUCUGAGAUAUCAAAGUGGCAUUUAUUUAAAUUUUCAUUUUUUAACAAAAUUUUAAAAAAAAAAAACAUAGCUAUAUUUUUUCUUACAUACAGAAAUAUUUUAUUUAAAAUAGGCUUGGAAAAUUUAAUGUUUAUUUAAAAAUUGUACAAGAUUUGCAUAUUUCUUUUUUUACGUGUUAUUUAUUUAUUUACUUUGGUAUUUAUUAACGUUUGUAUAUUUAUAAAUUCAAAAAUUAAAUAAUUAAGAAAAAAAUUUGAUAAAUUAUUAUUGAAAAAAUUGAAUGAGACCGUGGAAUUUCAACAUGGAUUUUACAAAAUUCAUGAAUAAAUUUAAUGAAAUUGAAAAACAAUUAUCACCAACUUCAUCAUUACGUUUAAGUUUUGAUAAUAUAUCACCAGAAUCAGAUGAACCACCGGAUAUUAAUAAAAAAUUAUUUGGUGUACCAGUACCACCAUUUGUAUCCGAUAAAGUUGUAUCAUGGAUUGAAGAAGGAUUAAAUGAGCCACCGAUAUUUUAUAAUGGUUUAAAUGUUAUGAAAAAGGUGGAGAAUGUGCGAAUGAUUGAUCGUUAUAAUACAAAAAAUCCAACAAUUGGUACACUUUAUAUAACAGCAACUCAUUUAAUUUUCGUUGAACCAGAAUCUAACAAAGAGACAUGGAUAUUGCAUAUGCACAUUGCUAGUGUUGAUAAAUUAGCGUUAAGCACAACUGGUUCACCGCUAUUAAUAAGAUGUAAAACAUUUCUUUCAGUAAAUUUUGUUAUUCCAAAAGACAGUGAAUGUCACGAUGUUUAUACAAGUCUUUUAAAACUCUUUCAACCAGUUUCCAUAAAUAAAUUGUAUGCAUUCAGCUAUUCGCCUGGUAAAGAAGAUUUUCCCAAAUCAGCUGGAUGGGAUUUUUUUAAAUUGGAAAAUGAAUUUAAAAGAAUGAAAGUUCCUAAUGAUCAAUGGUCAUUGUGUAAUUUAAAUCAAAAUUAUGAAUUAUGUGACACAUACCCAAGACAAAUAUAUGUGCCAGCUGAAGCUUCUACAGCUAUGUUAAUUGGAAGUUCAAGAUUUCGUUCAAAAGGACGUUUACCAGCUUUAACAUAUUUGCAUUCAAAUAAGGCUACAAUAUGUCGUUGCAGUCAACCACUUUCAGGAUUCAGCGCACGAUGUUUGGAGGAUGAACAAAUGCUUGAGGCAAUAAGAAAAACUAAUCCAAAUGUUGACUAUAUGUAUGUUGUAGACACCAGACCAAGAAUAAACGCUAUGGCAAAUCGCGCAGCAGGAAAAGGCUAUGAAAAUGAAGCAUUCUAUGAAAAUAUUAAAUUUCAAUUCCUAGGAAUUGAAAAUAUUCAUGUACAAAGGACAAGCCUACAAAAAUUAAUAGAAACAUGCGAACAAAAAUCACCAACUAUGAGUGGAUUUUUAAGUUCAUUAGAAUCAUCUGGAUGGUUAAAACAUAUACGAUCAAUAUUAGAUACUUCAAGUUUUAUUGCAAAUGCUGUUGACAAAGGUGUAUCAGUUGUAGUACAUUGUUCAGAUGGGUGGGAUCGUACCGCACAAGUUUGCUCUUUAGCUUCGUUAAUGUUAGAUCCGUAUUAUAGAACAAUAAAAGGUUUUCAAGCAUUAAUUGAAAAAGAUUGGUUAGCUUUUGGUCAUAAAUUCAGUGAACGAUGUGGUCAUAUUCAAACAGAUCCCAAAGAAAUAUCACCAGUAUUUACACAAUUUUUAGAUUGUACGUGGCAAUUAAUGAUACAAAGAAAUGAUGCUUUUGAAUUUAAUGAAAGAUUUUUAUUAAUAUUGCACGAUCAUGUAAUGUCUUGUCAAUUUGGCACAUUUAUUGGAAAUUGUGAAAAAGAUAGGUUAGAUUUAAAAUUAUCUGAACGAACAUAUUCUUUGUGGGGAUAUAUGGCUAAUUAUAUGAAUGAAUAUGUUAACCCAUUGUAUAGACCGGAAAUGGAUGAAAUAUUAAAAGCAAAUUUAGCACCACAAUGUAUAAGAUUCUGGCGGGGAAUGUAUAGUAGAUUCGAGAGCGGAGUGCAUCCAAGGGAACCACUUGGUGAUUUAUUAUUAGCAAGUAAAGACCACUGUAAUUCAUUGGAGGACCAUGUAACACAUUUGUCAAAGAGGAUUGCGAGUUUUAAGAACUACAUUUCGAAGUCAGCUAAAAAAUUAUCGGAUGCUACAAGAACAACAAGUAAAGAAUGCACAAAUCCAGAAAUCAACGACAACAAAUACAACUAUGAUAAUAAGAAAAUGAGUGAACUUUCAUCAGCAGAUGAUGAUCACCCUUUAAAAUCCGCCGAAAUGAGUUUCUCAAAUUUAUCUAUGUCUGAGGUUGACCCAAAUAGAUUAGCAGAGGAAAUAGAUUCAGUAGCAGUCGAAUGGAAAUCAUUAAGAAAUGUUACAACGUGUCCAUGUUCAACACCCUUUGAUCAAUUCAAUAAAAAGAACCACUGUUGGAAAUGUGGAGAAGUUUUCUGUUCAAGAUGUAUUGAUAAAUCGAUAUCAUUACCUGGCCAUGAUAGCGGUAAACCAGUUCCAGUAUGUCGAUCUUGUUUUCGUUUGGUCAAAAAGAUUAGUCCGUAAUUUAUUCAUAACAAAUUCAUAAAUAGAUGUAUAAUUAAACAAAAUAUAUAUAUUUUACUCCAAAACAAAGAAAAAUGUUACGAUUAUAGUACAGUAUACACUAACAUAUAAGUAUUAGAUAUAAGGUAAAUUAUAGCACAUAUGCAAAGAAUGCCUAGAUUUUUAAAAGCGAUAUAAGAAAUAAAGUUGCAAUUGUUUAUGUUUCAUGUAAUUAAAAGAAUGUUCUAUAAAAUAAAUCAGCAUUAUUACUUUUUUUUUUUGAAAACUGCUCUCUUUUAAGCAAGUUAAUACUAAGAUCAUACUAUGAACAUAUUUAUAUUUAUUCUUAAUCUAUUUAUUUAAUUUUAUCGUUAAAUAUUUUAAAUUGGUAUUGAAUUUGUAAGCAUUCAAAAUUGAUAGAGUCUUAAUAACUUUUUUAUUUUCAAUUUUAUCAAAUUCAAUAAUGUCAACUGAAAAAAUUAAUGAUAAAAAAUUAAAUUAUGAUAGCCUUUUCGGUGUAUAUUAACUUGUUUUUUUUUUUGUCAUUAAAUAUUAUUAUUAUGAAAAGA